ACCAUGCGCCAAACCUAUCUUCUCCCUCUAAUCCUUUUGUCAUUAAUGAUUAUAAAAGAGUCACAUCGACACACUUGUCCCGCUUUUAGGACCGAAACGGACACAGUUCGCAGCACACAGCUCAGACUCAAGAGCAAUAGAGAGAGAGGCUCUGAGUUUCUGAGAUACCCCUCCCCCUCAAAGGCUCAAGCUUUUUCCUUACUCUCCACUACCAACAGCCAUGGCUGGCGGCGGAGGAGGACCCCAAAAGGCAGAUGAGUUCCAACCUCACCCCAUCAAGGACCAGCUUCCCGGCGUCGACUUCUGUGUCACCUCCCCUCCCCCAUGGCCUGAAGCCAUACUUUUGGGAUUCCAGCACUUCAUUGUAAUGCUUGGGACCACCGUGUUCAUCCCCACAUUACUUGUCCCUCUCAUGGGUGGUGGCGAUGUGGAGAAGGCCGAAGUGAUUGAGACUUUCCUCUUUGUUGCUGGGAUCAACACACUAUUGCAGACUUGGCUAGGGACUCGGCUUCCGGUGGUGAUGGGGGCAUCAUAUGCCUUCAUCAUCCCUGCUGUCUCCAUUGCCUUGUCCAGGAGGUUCGAUGUCUACAUAGACCCCCACCGGAGGUUUAAGGAAACCAUGAGAGCAAUGCAAGGAGCAAUUGCGGUUGCAUCUUUCAUCCAGUUGAUCUUUGGCUUUCUUGGGUUUGUGAGAAUUUUUGGAAGGUAUCUUUGCCCUCUCUCUGCGGUUCCUCUUGUAACGUUUACUGGACUUGGGUUCUUUGCAUUUGGUUUCCCUCAGCUGGCAAACUGUGUUGAAAUUGGAUUACCAGCACUGAUCCUUGUGGUUUUCAUAUCACAGUACACGAUGAAGUUAAAACUGCCUAUAUUUGGUCGAUUUGCAAUACUGUUUUCAGUUGCAAUUGUAUGGAUAUAUGCAGAAGUUUUGACUGCAGCUGGUGCGUAUAAGAAAAGACCUUAUACAACUCAAACUAGUUGCCGUACUGAUCGUUCUGGGCUGAUUAGCGCUGCUCCUUGGAUAAGGAUUCCCUAUCCAUUUCAAUGGGGUAGUCCCGUUUUUAAUGCUGGAGAUACUUUUGCAAUGAUGGCUGCGGCUUUGGUUGCCAUUAUUGAGUCUACAGGUACAUUUAUUGCAGCAUCAAGAUACGGGAGUGCCACCCCCAUACCGCCUUCUGUUCUCAGCAGAGGUGUCGGCUGGCUGGGCGUAAGCACUCUUCUGGAUGGCAUAUUUGGCUCGGUAUCUGGCUCCUCUGCUUCAGUUGAAAAUGCUGGCCUUCUGGGAAUGACGCGUAUUGGAAGUCGGAGAGUAAUCCAGAUAUCAGCAGCCUUUAUGCUCUUCUUCUCUGUAUUAGGAAAAUUCGGGGCUUUUCUUGCUUCUAUCCCAAUACCAAUUUUCGCAGCUUUGUAUUGCGUCCUCUUCGCCUAUGUUGCUUCUGCUGGUCUUGGUUUGCUCCAGUUCUGCAACCUAAACAGCUUUCGGACAAAGUUCAUCGUAGGCUUUUCUCUCUUCAUGGGUCUUUCGGUGACGGAAUACUUCCAUGAAUACUUCCUAAUUUCCGAUCGCAGUCCUGUUCACACUCGUUCCAUUUGGUUCAACAAUAUAGUUCAAGUAAUUUUCUCGUCCCCAGCAACCGUCGGCAUCAUUGUUGCUUUCUUCUUGGACUUAACUGUCAGUCGUGGACACAGUGCAACUCGGAGAGACAGUGGCAGGCACUGGUGGGAAAAGUUCCAGAAUUUCAACACAGAUUCCAGGAGUGAAGAGUUCUACUCACUGCCCUACAACCUCAACAGGCAUUUCCCUUCAGUUUGAUUGACGAAAAGCCCUAGCAGCGGAAACUAAAAAGGAAGAUCAUCUUUUGUUUUGUCGUCGAGUUGUGACGAAGGAAGAAAUUGAUACGUACAGGAGCGUUUUGGAAUGGGGAUACCAUUCAGUAGUUGAACACACACUAAGCUUGUGAAUAUGCUCUUACAGCUGAAAGCUUAGCAUCUAAAACAUCUAAUUACUGAUAUUUUAAGAAUUUGAUAAUUUUAUGAAGAGAGCUACUUAAUUUA